CACAUGCUCCUCCUUCACCGAUCUGAAUGGAUUGACCAGCGCGUUUUCACAUCCUGAUCCUCUAACCUGUCCGAUUACGUAUCCAUACCCCUUUUUAUACCAAUCUCUUCAUAGCCUGGAGUGUAUAGUUACUCUCAACAGUGAAACCAGCAUAAAGAAAAUAUAAACACAAAGGAAAACAAUCCUUGUAGAUGGCAGAGAAGAGAGGUAGCAUUGCCUUCUUUGCAACCUACAGACCACCUGUGCCACUGGACAUAUUCUCCUGUUCGGUUCCACCAACGUCAAGGCAGGAUGAGCUACACAUGACUGAUGGAUUGUCCUACAAUUACAACUGCCAACUCAUUCCACCUGAAGCUCUCAAGACCAUUAUCAAGCGCCCAAAGUUGGCUUCCGAAGCCAAAGGAUCUGAUGUUGACUCGGGUCGUCUCUCAGGCUUGAUUUUCGUAUCCGAACGAGACAACAACCUUGAGACGCUUCAUAUUGCUCUUCGCUUUAACGACAAUCCACCCAGUGUUAAAGUCUUCAGUUUCGCUGAUGUCUAUGGCACAUUCGAUGGUGUCCGUAUGGAAGACAGUGGUUGCAUUGCCGGUGGUUAUAAGGUUGGUAGUCGUACUGCCGAUUGCUCUCUUAUAUAUGUCACCACCAAGGACCCGUCAAAGGAUCGUCGUCAGCCUUGGACUGUCGUUUAUAAAACUAAUCUUAAGACCGGAAAGACUGACCGCCUCACUCCGUCAGGAGUAAAUGAUUUAAGCCCAUCUGUAUCACCAUCUGGAAGAAAAGUAGCAGUGGCGUCAUUCCAAGGAAAGGGUUGGAAUGGCGAGAUUGAAGAUCUACAGACUGACAUUCAUGUGAUGAACGUAGAGAAGCAACCCUUAGGACGCAUGAAAGUUAUAAAAAAUGGUGGAUGGCCAACAUGGGGAAGUGACAACGUUAUAUUUUUCCAUCGAAAGGUUGGGGAAUUCUGGAGUGUAUUCCGAGCAGACAUUAGCAAUGGUCAAACAUCAGAAACCCUUCGUGUGACUCCAGAUGGAAUUGAUGCCAUAACUCCGGCAGCCAUCAAUUCCACCAAAGUGGCGGUGGCAACUAUCCGUCAGAAAUCAAAGUUCAGUGACAUACGCGUAGAAGCACAGUAUCGGCACAUUGAGAUUUUUGAUUCAACAGCACCACAACAACCCAUACAAAUCACUCAGAAAACUAGACCAAAGGCUGACCAUUACAACCCCUUUGUAGUAGAUGGUGGGAAGCGCAUAGGUUACCAUCGUUGCAAAAGCGACCUUCUCAACCAUGGAGAUGAUAUCCAAAGACAUUUCCAUAAGCUCAACUCACCACAUCCAGAUGUAGGACUGUUUAGGGUGUCAGGUGUAUUUCCAACAUUUUCCAAAGAUGGCUCCAAGCUUGCAUUCGUUGACAAUGAGUUCAAAGCCGUGUGGGUAGCUGAUAGCGAUGGAUUGCGCAUUGUUUUCGAGACGAAAGGCCCAGACAAUAUCUUCUCACCAGUUUGGAGCCAAAAUCCACAAGAUGAUACACUCUAUGUAUGCAUGGGACCUUCUUUUAACGCUGGCCAGACAUUGCAAAUCUGCGCCAUCCCCAAUGUGGCUAGUGGUGCCCGGCGGCGUCGACAACUCACCAAAGGAUUUAAUAAUGCUUUCCCGUCCACCAGUCCAGAUGGAACAAAAUUAGUUUUUCGAUCCACAAGAGAUGGAGGAGAUAAGAAAUAUAAGAAUCUAUAUAUAAUGGAGGAUGCACAAGUGGGGGAGUACGGGGAUGGAAAAGUAACGAGGCUUACAAAUGGACCUUGGACGGACACACAUUGCCAAUGGUCUCCAAGGGGAGAUUGGAUAGUAUUCUCGUCAACCCGCGAUAAGCCUAAAGAUGCACCAGAAACAGAUAAUGGUCUCGAUCCAGGAUAUUUUGCAGUGUUUUUGGUGAAGGUGAACGAUCCUUCCGUGGUGAUAAGAGUGAUAAAAGGUGGAGAUGAUCUUGCAGGACAUGUGAACCAUCCAUUUUUCAGUCCAGAUGGAAUGAGCAUUGCUGUGACUUCGGAUCUUGCUGCAGUGUCUGCUGAUCCAAUUUCUUUACCUCUCUUCUUGCAUUCCGUGAGGCCUUAUGGAGAUGUAUUCACUGUCGAUAUUGACCCUGAUGACAUAAAUAAGAACAAGGAUGUGAAGAAGUUCAAUCGCAUCACACAUAGUAGAUAUGAGAAUUCCACUCCUACUUGGACCAUGUUCUCAACUGAGGAUCCAAAUGCAACAUGGAACCUGCUUCUAAAGGAUUCCUACACCCCGUCAUGCCCUUAUGCAUAUCCUGAUGGAGGUGAAAGUUGGCACAUGACUGGCCACCUUUGCAUCCCAAGAAGAUGCUGUUGAUUUCUUUUGUGUUUCUAACUGCAUGGCUUGUUAGUUUUCUCCACACUUUCGCUUCAUGUUCUAAUAAGUGUAGAGCCAUGGCUAUAAAAUUAUAUGAAAUUUGCUUUCUGUUUUCAAAUGAAGCUUAUGCAUUGCUCCUA